AUGCAAGGUUAUAAAUGCUCUGUCAAAAAGCGCAUGUUAUAUUCGACAUGUAAGGCACCAUUAUUGGCAGGCCUUGAGGAAGAUUUAAAGAUAGAAAUUCCAAAAAAGGUAACUAAAGCCAGAGUUUGUAAGUUGAUAACAUUUUAAUUUUCAACUGUAUGUUUCGAGCAAUCCAUCUCAUAAUCGUUUCUUAUUUCGUAGAUUGAAAUUGAGAAUACAGAAGAAAUAACAGAAAAUCAACUUCACCCAAAGAAGAUACUGCAUCAACCCAGAUUUGCGAAGCCGAAGAGAGCGCAGGCUAGGGGUGCAAGAAGACUUCUUUAG